UCCGACAAGAAAGGUAUAGGUUUCGUUGGUGAAGUGGACGUAGUAAGAUGGCGCACAUACAAAACUACCUACCAGCCAAAUUCGAGGAGUCUGAGUUGACCGUACUUACCACUCAUCUUGGAGAGCAGAGGAAAGUUCUGCGGCAUGAAGGCCUCAACUUAGAUGUGAACUUCAUCAGCUCUGGAUUCAUCCCCGAUGUCAGAGAAAACUUAAAGAAGAUAAAAGAAAUGGAAUGUCGCGACGACGAUGUGUUCAUCUGUGCAGCAAUGAAAGCAGGAACACACUGGGUUUGGGAAAUAACCACCAUGUUGCUGAAAGGAAAGGCAGAAUACGAAAACGUUUCCAAGGAGACGAGAAUGGUGGAAUUCCAUUGGCCAGAAGAAUUUGACAAUCUGCCAUCACCAAGAGCCCUCAACACACAUUUCUACUUGAGACUUCUUCCGGAACAGUUACAAAAUGGCUCCAAGGGGCGAAUCAUCUUUAUUCAGAGGAACCCUAAAGAUGUUGUUGUUUCGAAUUUCCAUCACAGGAAGAGCAUGACCAUUGGUCAAUUCAAGCAUUCAUUCAGCGACUUUCUACAAAUUUAUCUUGAUUAUGGUUUUACGGUCGAUUGGUUCAAAUAUACAAACGACUGGAACGAAAUAAUAGCGAACAACAAGAAUUUACAGAUUCAUAUGAUGUACUAUGAGGACUUGAUAAAGAACCCUAUUGGAGAAACCAGACGUUUGGCCGACUUCCUCAAGGUAGACUAUGAUGAGCAGCUGAUCAAGGAUGUGAGCCAAAACUGCAAUUUCAAAAAUCUUAAGAAAGCAAAUAAGGAAGUCAAGGCCGCUGCAACCGGAAAUCCUAACCCGGAAAUGGAUGAUUUCCAAAAUAUGUACAGGAAAGGUGAAGUUGGAGAUUGGAAGAAUUGGUUUACGGUAGCCGACAAUGAGAAGUUCGAUGCUGUUCUGGCGGAACGGAUGAAAGGACUUAAUUUUGAAUAUACAUACAGUUUACAUUGAUAGACAUUCAUUCAUGUCGGACUGAAUUUUUUUUAUCAUUUUAGACAUUUCAUAACUUUAAUGUGUGAUGUGAUGGUGCUAUUGUGUUUUAUUGAUAAAUCAUUCAUAUAAAAUCUAUAUAUUUUACAAUUAGAAAAUAACACAAUUUUUGAUACUACAUGUGGUAUUACACAAUAAAACAUAUUGCAAUGGAUAUGGUCGUAUGUACAAUGCAGACAGGUAAAAUUCAAAUAGUAUGUACAAUGCAGACAGGUAAGAUUCAAAUAGUAUGAUGUACAUUACAUAAUAUUAAGCCGUUUCAAUAUUCAGAUAUGAAGUUUUCUUUUCUUGGAAAUGCAAUUCAAAAUUGGAUUAUUUCUCUUUGUCAUUGUCGUAACCAUAGUCAUCGUGAUACUGAUGAGUCGGAAGACUCCAAGUUAAUAAAGAGGAUGAACUAUAUCUAAAUCCAUACACGAUAGGACAAUUUUGUUAUGAUAUUGCUACAACUUACAUUCCUGUAUAUAUCUUUUAAGUUUACCGAUUAAGAGAAUGAUCAAAGCAGCCUAGAACUUUAAGGCAUUUCUGCCUAAUAAACAUUUUAUUAAGUGUA